AUGUGGGAAAGGGUAUCCAUUUUGGUGAAUGCAUUGGUGAUGUGCGUGCAAAAUGACUAAAUGCCGGAUUUUAUCCAGAGUGAAAGUAGCCGAUGACGAUCUCCCUUCGUCCAGUAUUUUUUCCUGGUUGAAGGUUUAACAAGGAAAUGUGAUUUAGCCCCAUACCAGUAGUGUUAGCCAUGGAGACGUCCGGGAUAGAUGUGUUGGUGGAGGAAUUGCCUUGGGAACUACUAACUGAUGGCAUCCUACUGGUGAUCAUGUCCUUCCUCGAUGCCAAAAGUCUCAUGUCUGCUGCGAAAACAUGCAAGCACUGGUACCGAGUGGCACAUGAUAACUCGUUAUGGAAGGAUUUGGUGGUGAAAAAGGUAUCGUCCAAAGAUUUGCAGUCUAAUCAAGGCCUUGCUAAAGCUGAGGAAGAGUUCAGAAAAGGGGAUCGAGUGAGCACCUGGAAGGACGAGUAUGUGAGGAUGGAGGAUGAGUCACCUCUUAUCCUUAGUGAAACUUUAGAAGGACACACAGAUGAGAUUUAUCAUAUUAAUUUCUCAUCCAGCGGAAAUCUUUUCUCCACCACCGGCCGGGAUGCCUCAGUGAGGGUUUGGAAGUUUGGUUACCCGUGUACCCUGUAUGCUGAGAACACAGACCUGGACUCCAUUUUGGUUUACACACGAUUUUCUGAUUUUAACCAAUCGGAGACACUCCUGUUAGUGGCUGGAAUCGCGAGCUACAUAAUGGGGGCAGAUAGCUGUACCCUUAUACUCUCAUUAAAAGGUUUAGAGAUUCUGUAUGCUGUGUCGGGAUCUAAUGCAAACUUCCGUGGCUGCUGGCUGGAUGAUACAUCAUUUCUUAACGGGACCCACAUAUUUACACCUUCUGGGCAAAGACGCUUCCUCAUAAAAAAGCACACAGUGACGCAGGAACGCAGGAAGUCAGAUCAGAAAAUACAAACACUGAUAGCAAAAAUGGAUUCAAAAGGACAACACAUUAUGAUGCUUCAUCCGUACUGUAGAAACAAUGAUUUUGCUAGAAUUGUCUAUCUGCCUACACGCUGCCUUCCACCAUCCAUGACGACUUCCCCGAUGGGGCCUUCCCCGAUGGGGCCUUUAAGUGAACACUUUGAAUAUAUUGACUCAGAACAACCGGACGAUAAAAGUGAAGCAACAACUACAAAAUCGGGGAACGUAGAGGGUCAGCCAAGUUCUAGUCAAGGUUCUUUGGCUAGUUGUUCUGCCCAUGAAGAUGUGUCGCCUGUUUUGAUUUUGGCAAACAAUACUGAAGAAUAUCCAUCGACUGGCUUUCUUAGUUUUUACAGAGUCCCUGAAACAGCAGAGCAAAGUCUUGAGGCAUGUAAAAACUUCAGCAGUGCAGAUGCAGAUUGCCCAGGAGGUCUAGUGGGAAUGCGUCUGUCGUCUGACAAUCGAUACAUAGCCUUUAACUACCGAAGCUGUACGAUGGAGGACGGAGAGUAUGACCAUGGUUGUUACGUUAAAAACAUUGACCUUAAAGUGUAUGAUCUCCACAAAAUGUGUUUUACUGACAUCGUCUACAAGGGUCACUCAGCCACUUCGGAGGAUCAUUUGAGUUAUAUAUUCCCAACUGUCUCCGACCACUACAUAGCCAGUGGAAGUGAAGUAGAGAAGGGAUUUUUGUGGGAUCGACAUUUUGGCAACAUUCUCGGAGAACUAGAACAUGCAGCACAACCAGGGAACGGAGGUGUGAAUGCUACCGUUUUUCAUCCUUAUUCAGAGGAAGUUCUCAUCUCCCUCGGCGACGACAGGAAAAUAAAAGUGUGGCGGUCAAAGAGACUCCUAAGGGAGCUUGGACACAGUGAUACAUCCAUCAGUGUAUUCAACCAGAUCCACCAGAAAAGCACAGAUCAGUACAAAUAUAAAGGGAAACCAACAUCUAAGGACAGUUCACCGGAGUUUGAUAAAGGCAUGGACCAACCAGAUGGUCACCUUGAUGACGAGGUCGUGACCUGUUGUGUGAUGAAGAAGAAAUCACGGAAGUUAAAGAAGUAUUCCUAACCUUUCUGUGUGCUUCAUUAUAAUUGGUUGAUCUUCCAGCAUACAGCCUCCUGUGUGAUGUAUAUGUGGCGUGUGUUUUUGGUUAACAGCUGGUUAAAGAAUAUGAAACUAUAUUCAUCUGGAAAUAAGCUCAUCAUCCAUGAUAACUGCAGUUCAAAAGAUAACAAGCUCAUCCCACAGCUAGCUAGAGCUAUCGCGACGGAGUCAGAUGUGACACCAGACCUCUUGGACCGGGACCCCACGCAUGGUUAGGUGUGUCACCAGACCUCUUCUACUGGUGACCCAUGGUGGUUCUUUUCAACUUAAGGAUCUUGUGAUAACGAUUGAAAGGAUAAACGAAAAUCACAUCAAAGCAGGUUACAUUGAUAGAAGUUCUUGGUAACUCAUUGGAAUUAAUCACAACAGCUAAUGGGUCCUGGCUUGUAAAUUUAUUAGGAAGUCAGCUGUUUUCACUCUUUGAUAAGGCUUCUUCAGGACAUAAUACAACAAUUUCUAACCCGAAGUACAUAAAAUGACCUUUAACUUGUUCUUUUAUGACGUCUCUACGACCGGUGUCUUAUAAAAGAGGCGAAAUUCUCACUGCUUAACUGUUGUUUACAAUUAAACAUCAAAGUAUUUAUAUAUUAUAUAGAAUCAAUGUUAGUAUUAUAAUUCCUCUUUUAUACAGUUCUUUACUGUCCAAACCACAGUUGUGUCAUGUGUGGAUAAUUGUGUUUUGAAAGUUGAUGUCCAUGUUGCUAAUUCAAAGGUACAUAUAAUUGCAUUGCAGUAUAUGAGUUCAUGGCUUCACAGAAGGAGGUAUGCGUCUCUCUAGAAUUUGGCACCGUGAGAUACGUCCGUCUUAUAAUGACGCCUUUCCUUGGGUAAUUCAUGCAGGAAAUAGUGAAGUUUGAAGCAUUUUAAAUUCCAUUGCAGUAACUAGUGUGUCCAAUCAUAUACAGAUGAUUUCUUGUGCGAGAUGAACUUAUGUUGGCGUACAUGGAGUGAUGGUUCCAUGUUCUCUGAUUCUGUGAUUCAUGUAAAUCUCUGUUUCUGUAAGAAUUUCCAUCAUGUGGAUUUAUUGGUUUGUAGUUUGGGUUGGUACUUAUGCAGUCUCUUUGUCAGGCUUUAAUUACUUUACAUAAACAAUAAAACAUUGUUUUAUUACAUAGAUUAUGCAGAUGGAAAAUAAAUUUCAAGAAAACUUGAAAUAAACUGAAAAGUUACAUUAAGAGCAAUGUGAUUUAAAGAGGAAAAUUAAUUCCAUGGAGAGACAUUACUUUAUUAUCUAUUAAAUAACCUGUCAAUUGUGUAGACUUGGUGUCGUUUUGAUAAUCAAUUGCAUUUAUUUUACUGUAUUUACACUUGCUCUACAUCCUUCCAUUGCAAUACACGCACACACACGCGUGCGCACACACGCACACACACACGCGCGCGCACACUCACAGGUAGUGUACCCUGUGUGAUAACACUGCGACUUAUAAUCCUUCUGUCUGUGUAGAAUAUCUGUGAUUCUCUGUUAAUGCAAUGUUUAUUUGUUUUGUUUUUACACGACAUACAAUGUUGUAAAUAUAGCUACUCUUAUUUCCUUUACCAGUAAAACUGGGGAUACUAUAGAUUUCCUCUCCGUCCGUCUUGUAUGUAUGUAACUUCAAAGUUUGUCAGUGCUCUAUCUUCACACAAUGAUAAAUUACCAUAAUAUCUUGGAUAAUUCAAUUUCGAGUUUCAGGUUUUUUGGGGUCAAGGUCACUUACUAUUUUCAGCAGGGGCUGGUAAGGAAUAUAACCAGGGUAUGCUUGCAAUUGAGGAUUGACACAUUUGGUGCUGGUUUUUCUGCCUCAUUUUGAGAAUGUAACAUAUUUCCUGGAUUUGACUAGGGGUUGUUCCUAAAUUAUGCAUGUGGUCGGAAUGGGAGGUGUUUUUCAGAGACCAACCCACUUAUCAAAUAUUAAACAUUGAUUAAGUAAUACUAGACAAAUAUGGGGCUUUACUUCCACCAUAUAUCAAGUUUUGAUACAAGUUUCUCCCAUCCCCCCAGGCUCCAAUACAGAUAAUUCUGGCAUAACACUUAGAUAUACAGGUGUUGAUCGUCAAUACACAGAAAACUCCAAAUAGAACGUUUUGUAUUGGCUUGUUUCUUUGUUGAUUGUUUUCCUAUCUUAUCCUUGUUUUAUUGAGAUAGAAUUCGUUUCUUUACUCUCUUGUUAAAGUUAAAUGGUUAAAAUGGUUAUCAGAUUCGACUGUGAUGUAUGACAGAUUUAUUAAGCUUGAAGCACAGGGAUCUGCCACAAACCAAACCCAGUAUUUAUUUUAUAUCAGGACAAGAAAAAAUCAAGGUCUGAGUGAUGGUUGCGGGUCAGUAGAUUUGAUUUUUUUUGGAAAGUAAAUAUUGGCGACUACUUGUCCAAUUGGGAGGUGCAAAUUAUGUCAUAUUUUGUUUUCCUUCGAGUAAUUCAAUAUACUAUUAAUUCAAUUUAAUGGGACAGGUCUCUUCAUUGGGCCAGUACUUUUGAACCAAAACUUGCCUGAGGAUCGAUGAGGCUGAAAUAUUGUUUUGGAUUGGUGACAUGGGUUGGGUGUUGGUGACAGGUCUCUGUGACCUUAAGGUUUCUUGUGUUAAUCAAAGUGAAUGUUUAAUAUGUAAAUGUGAUAUUUUUGGUCAACCAACAUCAGGUGGUGGGCUAUGCAAAUCUAUUUCUCAGAAAGUUCUUCUUAGAUCUUUCUCGAAUUUUAUGAUUUAUGUCUGUUCCUCAUGGUUUUUAGUUGUGCAUAUUUAAUUUAGAGACUGCAUGGUAGACAAAAUGGCCAACAAAUAACCAUUUUGGAUUUUGUUAUCGCUAAUUUUCUCAGAAAUUCUUUAUGGGUCUUUCUCAGAUUUCAUAUGUCGGAUCCUGUUGGUCUCUAGUUGUGACCGCAGUUUUUAUAGUGAUUGGAAAGACAAAAGGACUGAUUUGUUAUGAAAUAUUUCUAAACGUAUUUUUCAAACUAUCACCCUUUCUUUCUUACAUAAAUAUUUCUUAGUAAUUGAUGUUUGUCUACUAGUUCUAUUGUGAGAUAAAACAGAUAUAGGUUUACUUUGGUCCUGAUUUUGUACUUGCUCAAUUUUGAGACGGAUCAGAAAAACAUCCAAUAGCUAAUUUCUGUACAUACAGCCAUUUUGGAUGUUAACAGUUGAGAUUUUUUAUUGCUAUUAACGAAAGUUCUUCUCUUUUUUCUUAGAUUUCAUACAUGUACGUAGGCUCCCCUUGUUAUCAAAUGAAUAAUAGGGAAAGAAGAAAAAAGGGAAAAGUAGAGGAAAGAUCAGUCUUACAUAGACCCAAUCAUUAUCACAUUCAAUGGCGGUAAGAAGAUCCCUCGGAGAUUUCUUGUUGUUGAUCAUAAUCAUAUUUAUACAGGUUAUAUAACUGUUGUGUUUGUAUUAUACGAAGGAGUGCUCCUCGUUUACAAGGUCAAUCAGUCAUUCUGAAUUACCACAAGGGAGAUCAUUGACAAAUUUAAGGGAGUUCAAGGUCAUUGUAAAUGUGACUUGUUUUUAUUUUAAUUUAUUUUUUGGUGCCAGUAACGUAGUUGAUGAUAUUAAGUGCUAAACAAGAAAAAUCAGGGUACAAGUAUCAUUCUGUUUUGUGACAUACCCAGGUAGACAAAUUCAGAGGAAUGUUUUGAACUUGGUUGAAAAUCUUUAUAUAUACAGUGUAUAUGUUUGAACUAACAGGAAGAAAUUGUAUUUCAUCUUUCUGUGUAGUGAACUUUGGAUAAUUUCUAACAAGCUAUUUCAUCAUGUUACCAUUUUGGUGGGAACAAGAAGGUAAUUUUCAUGGUUCACAAUUCUUGAAAGUGACAAUUGCAGAUCAAAACUACUCAGGAAUUACUUUCAUAACCUGAACUUGACAAAGUCCAAGGAAUAUUUCUUGAUGACUACAAUGGCAUGUAGGAAAUUCCUGAACAGUCUCUGAUUAGAAAGCUUAAGUUCUGUGCAUUUAUGUUAAAAGGCUGGUAAGGCUUUGUUCUACAGAAGAAUGUUAAAUAUCAUGAUAUGAAAAAAUAAUUUAUUUUCCUGUUUAGAAACUUGUAAAUUCUGCAAAAGAAUUUUUUAAUGACAAGACAAGUAACAGGUCGAGCAGGUCUCUAAAUAUAAAUAUAUUGUUUUGAUAAAAAUGUCUUAAUGUGACAUAUACUUAGCUGCUUAUUGAAUAAAAUAUUUAGCAAACUAA